UCUUAAUAAACUUAAGAGAUCAAAUGGGUGCAAGAAAUGCAAUUGCUAGAAGACCAAACAUUAAUAAUGCUAAAUGAGCUCCUGACAAAAUAGCAGAGCCAAUGGGAGAAGAGACCUUCAGGUUCAUUUUACAAAAGUUCUUAUUUAUCGAAGUCUUCGGAGAGAUUGAAGAGCUGAGGCUAAAGCUGGCAAUCAAUCCAUUUGCAAAGUACUUCUAUUGGCUAGUUGCGGGAAUCCAAUUAUGAGAUAAACAGAAGCUUCCUUUGUUUAAAGAGCUAAACCUUCAAGUCAGCUAUGACAUGAAACUGUGAGCUAUUACUCAUAAAAGCCUUACCUACCUCGUCGAAGUUAUUCAUGAGAAUCUGCCAAAGUUCAGAUUAGAAAAUACAACAAAAAAUUUACUGCCGAUCAGCCCCUACUUAGCUCCUAUCUGCCAAAUCUGCUCUAAAAUAUCAGGCUCAGUGAUCAUUGAAGGGUUUACAAUAAAAUGCGAUGAAUUAUAUCAGAUGUUGUCAAGCACUUCCCAAAAUAUGUUGGAAAAGUUACAUUUUAAAAACUGAGACUUUAAUAUCAAACAACAAGCAGAUGACACCGUUAAAGCUCAGGUUAAACAAGUCAUGAUUUCUUUCCCUGAUGAUGCAAAAACAAAGCAGCAAAUAUCCUCUUUGAAGUCCAAAAUUGGGACUAUAUUAAAAGACUGAUCUUUAGUAAUUGUAACAGAUGGGCAAGAAUCAGAAAUAAAAGCACUCGAGCUAAUAAAAUAUUAAUUAUACCAUAUUUCAUCUACUCAA